AUGGCGUAUGUAUCUGGUUCAGGCACCUUUGUGUCUGUGAAUGGAACCACACAUGAGAUAUUCCAGGUGCAACAAGCUGAGAUGACACAGACUGUAUCAACUGGAGAGACAAUCACCUUGAGUUGCAGUGUACCAGAUUCAUUUCCAAAAGGACCCGUCUUAUGGUUCAAGGGACAUGGGCCAAACCGGGAAUUAAUCUACAACUUCAAAGAAGGUUUCUUUCCCAGAGUAAAAGAAAUUGGACACCCCACCAAACCUGGCAACACAGACUUUUCCAUCCGCAUCAGUGAAAUCUCUCUUGCAGACGCCGGCAUCUACUACUGUGUGAAGUUCAAGGAGGGGAAACCUGACACAGAGUUCCAGUCAGGUCCGGGCACCAAGGUGUUUGUGACUAGUGAGUUUGUCUCCUCCACCCCCUAUUAUGGGCUAUCAUCUCAGUUAACCAAUCCUCUAUUCAUUGAAUUACUAGAUUAUGCUAAAUAUUAUUGA